AUGGAAUUCCUUCAAAAGCUCACCAGAACUAGAAGCAAAGACAUUUACUUUUGCCUUCCACAAGAGUCUUUAAGUCAGGGAAUUCAUACACUGGUGAAUGACGGUGAUUACAAAGAAUUUUUGGAUUUGGCUUAUGCAAAUGAGAGGAGAAUGAAUGUGUAUGUGGACCACUGUAAUGAACCAAUCUUCGAAUGGAUUGAGGAUGAGGAAAAUGAAGAUCAAGACUACAGCUGUGAAGAGGAUGAAGACUCGGUAUUCUCGGAGACGUAUUCUGUUGACCAUGAAGAAGAUGAUGUUGAAUAUCCAUUCCCAGCUAACAAAACCAAGGGUGACAGGUUCUUAAACAAACUUUGUGUAGACACAUUAGAUGAAGGUGUUGAAUAUGUUGAACCUCGAUACCCUGUACAUGAUGAUAGACAACCAUGGAAUCAGAUGAAACCAGUGUUAGGUAUGCGAUUUUCUAACCCUGAUGAGCUUAAAAACAUGUUGAGCAACUAUGCAGUUGUUGGUGGAUAUGAUCUCUGGUUUGAAAAAAAUGACUCCCAAAGGUUGUUAGUUAAGUGUUGCAAAAAAAACAAGUCACCUAAUUGUCCAUUUAGACUUUGGGCCUCUUGGAUGAGUAAAGAGAGGACUUUUCAGAUAAAAUCUUUAGUUAGUGAACAUAAUUGUAGCAGGGUGUUUAAGUUUGGGUCUAUAGUAACUUAUAAGUGGUUAGGAAAACAGUUUAUGAGUGAAAUUAUAGAGAAGCCAAAAAUCAGUGUUAGGAAGAUGAAAGCUAAAGUUUCAACAACAUUCAAUAUAAAUGUGAGUGAGGGGCAAUGCAGAAAUGCAAAGAAAUUUGCAUUACAAGAAAUUGAAGGAAGUCUAAUUGAACAUUAUGGGAGAUUAUGGUCAUAUGGUCAUGAAAUUCUGAGGACAAACCCUGGGUCUACUGAAGGGUGCAGGCCUGUGAUUGGCAUUGAUGGUUGCUUUCUAAAGGGUAUUGUGAGGGGAGAAGUUUUGGCAGCUGUAGGGAGGGAUGCAAACAACCAAAUCUACCCUAUAGCAUGGGCUGUAGUUGGAGUUGAGAACAAGGCCACAUGGAAGUGGUUCAUAGAUCUUAUCAUGGAUGAUAUUGACGGUGGUCUUGGUACAGGCAUUACCCUUUUUUCUGAUGGACACAAGGGGUUGCUAGAAGCAGUAAAAGAAAGGUGUCCAGAAGCUGAACACAGACAAUGUGCCAGGCACAUUGUGGCUAAUUUUGCUAAAAGGUUUACCGGUCAACAUUUCAGGAAGCUUUUUUGGAGGGCUGUUAGAGCUAGUACUGAACAGAAGUUCAAACAUGUAAUGGAAAAGAACAAAUCUUUAGAUACUCAAGCAUAUGAGUACCUUAUGGACAGAGAUCCUAGUACCUGGUCUAAGGCAUUUUUUAAAGAGGGCAGAGAUUGUGAUGCAGUUGAGAAUGGGGUGAGUGAGAGUUUCAAUUCUGCUAUUAGGCAUGCUAGAAGGAAACCAAUCAUCACUAUGCUAGAGGAGAUUAGGAUAUUUGUGAUGGAGAGGAUAUACAGUCUUAGAGUAGAAGGAAUUGAAUGGGAUUUGAAUAUCUGUCCAAGUAUUAGGAAGCGUAUACAAGAUUUGAAGGUUAAACAGAGAUUGUGGGGGGUUACUCCUUGUGGUUAUCAAAAGUAUGAAGUUAGGUUCCAUGAUGCAGCAUAUGGAGUGGAUCUAAUUGCAAAGACUUGUGCAUGCAGAAUAUGGCAACUUACAGGGAUACCAUGCUUACAUGGAGUAGCUGCAAUCUCUUCCCUGAAUCAAGAUGCAGAAACAUAUGUGUCCCAAUCAUACAGUAAAGAGGCUUAUCUAAAAUGCUAUAAUUAUAGCAUUAACCCUCUCAAUGGUAGUGAUAUGUGGGAAGAAGUUCCUUAUCGAAAGCCUUUGCCUCCAAAAAGAAGAAGAUUACCUGGUAGGCCAUCAGUGAAAAGGAAGAGGGAUGCAGUGGAAAGGGAGUUGAGUGGACCAGUUAGACAUUCUGUGACAAGAAGGGGAUCCCUGAUAAAGUGUAGUAUUCGCAAGGAACCAAGUCAUAACAAGAAAAAGUGUCCAUCUAAGCAGCAAACAAAUACAUCAGCACCAAGUUCAUCCAGGGAUAGUGGAGCAGGACCAAGUCAACCACCAGCAGCAGCCCAACCACCUCCACCACCACCACCAGUAGCAGGCCAACCACCUCCACCACCACCACCAGCUGCAAGGCCUGUCCCAAGAAGGGCCCCAAUUGGUAGAACUGGACGGAGGAAAUAUUCUGAAAGGAUUGUCAAAAUGGCAUUGAGGAGGAACAUACCUGGGGUUGGGAGCAGUGCAGAGAACCCUGUAGUCCUUAAUUAA